GUGAAGCCAACAGAUAACAAUACGAGAUGGGUUGAACAAGACAAGGAAAAGCGUGAGAAGAUUGAAGCUUUGAAAGCGUUGGCUGCAACGAGUGGUGCAUCCACCAUUUCAUUCAUUGUUAAACCAGACUGUGAAGAUAUCGAAACGUGGUGUUCCAAUCGCAUGCAUGACAAAUACAUCGAAUCGUUUGUGCAACAGGUGACAGAGCGCCUACGGCACCUGGUUUCUUCGUUAGCUGUGCUGUCAAAACCACGGAAUGACGAGCGGUCGCUAGCGAAAACUGAGAACGAUAUUCACGUGGCGUUUGCUGAUGCGCAGCUGCCGAAGAAUUGGCUUUCACGCGCUGAAAUUGAUAGGAAAUUGAAAGCCUGGACGGAAGAGUCUAAAUGCGCUUAUGUGCACAUCCGAGGAAACGAAGCCACCGGAAAAACAGCAAUCAUUUGUCAACUUCAUGCACUGCUUGCAAAAAAGCGCUGCUAUGUGAUCACCAGGUUUGUUAACUCUUCUCUUACUGAAGCUAAAUUAUAG